AUGAAAGACCUGGUCGUCUUGCUGUGUCUUCUGCCAGCCGCCCUGGCAUUUAGGUUUCAUGAGGUGUUGAACCAGCAGCCCAAAUACUGCAGCCUACCAAGCGUCCGCGGAGAGUGCGACGGCUCUUACACCCAUUACUUCUACAACAGGGAGACAGAGUCUUGUGAGCCAUUUACUUACUCAGGUUGUGACGGGAAUAGAAACAACUUCCGCAGCUUCUCCGAAUGUCGAGCAGCGUGCGUGUGUACUCUAGGAGCAGAACGUGAAAGGGCCGACGGACAGUGUACCAGGCAGUAUUACUACGAUGUCACUGAUGGUAAAUGCAGACGAUACCGUUAUAGAAGUUGCAACUCUAGGGCUAACCGUUUCAAAAAAGAACAGUUCUGCGAAAAGUCGUGCCCGACUGCACGCUGCUAUCUGGGGAUGGACAGAGGAAGCACACUCUGCGGACAGCCUGACGUUCGUUACUUCUACAACAGAACGGCCGAACAGUGCCAGAAAUUUAGAUACUCCGGCUGCGUGGGUAACCUGAACAACUUCGGGACAUUGGAGGAUUGUGACAAUAGCUGCACCGAACCCAUCAGGAAAAGUGUAGGCCAGACCACGCCACACCCAGACUGCUUCCUUCCCAAAUCAAAACCUGUUUGCAAACAAACAAUUGAAAGGUUUUAUUUCAAUACUGAGACGGGUGAAUGCGAGUCAUUCAUCUACGGAGGUUGCCAUGGUAACGGGAACAAUUACAACAGUUUGGAGAAGUGUAGAAAGGUAUGCAUGCCACCACAACCGCGAGACUAG